CAUUAACUCUGGACUUUGAAGGAUCAAACCACGAACGUUGUUCAGUUCAGGAAGCGGAUCAGACGGAAGUUUCGAGAAGAUGCCGGUCAUGGAGAAGCUGAAGAUGUUCGUAGUUCAAGAGCCUGUGGUGACUGCAUCGUGUAUAAUCGGUGGAAUUGGUCUCUUCCUUCCAGCCGUUGUAAGGCCAAUUCUGGAUUCCUUUGAAGCAUCUAAGCAAGUUCCUCAGCCUGUAUUAAGUGAUGUGGUUGCAAGUAUGACUGGAAAGAAAUAGGGAUGAUCGAUCUCAGCAACACAAGAAGGAUUGUUCUUAAUGGAUCAUUGUUUUUUUUUUUCUUAAUCAAUUUUCCUUCUCUUCUGCCGUAAAAUAAGCCCUCUACAGUCCAAUCGGAUAUCAAGUUUGAUAGCGUAGCCAUUUUUAGACAUUACCUUGUUGUUUUAUGCCCAUACAUAAGGCUGAUUUUCAAGAUAUUUCAGUUCUAAGUUUGAAGCCUGAGUAAAACUUGUUUCACCAUAAAUUGAGCCCUACAAACUCCUUUGAUUGGUUUCCUUUCA